AUGUUGUCCAGACCACGGCUAGCCAACAGACUCUCCCUCCCGCUCUUGGCCCUGCUCAGCGUCACCACCGCGACCGGCCUCCAGCUCUCGCAAGUACAGCCCAUCAUCGGCUUCUCCUCGGCUUGUACGAGCGCCUACAGCACUCGCCUGCCGGCCUGUAUGCUAUCAGACUUCCGCAGCGCCGUUGGCGGAGGGGACGACGGGUGCUCCGUCUCCUGCGUCUCGGAGCUCACCGACCUGCAAGCAGACGUACAAGCGUCAUGCCAGAACGAGCGCGCCGGGAGAGACACUGUCAUCGGCCAGAUGUUUCUGGGCUCGGUUGUCGACUUCUUAUGCGGGUCGGUUGGUGCAGGAGGAGGGGCCGGCUCUACAAGCGAGUCCACAAGCACGGUAAUGGAGACGACCCGCAUGAGCACUGCGGCGCCGGCAACUUCGACCGGCGAGACGGCCAGCGACACGACCACUGAUGAGAGCUCAACAACAAGCUCCAUAGAAGCCAGCACGAGUACUACUUCGUCAUCAACCCUCGUCUCGGAGACGACCACGAUCACGACGGAGAGUACAUCGACGUCGUCAGCACGGCCUACGAGGACCGGGGCAGACCAAGGUGGCACCGAUGGCGCGCAGACCAACUUUGGCGACUCGGGAGGUGGCAGCCCCUUUGAUGGCGGACCGGGCGAGUUCGAAGGCGCCGCCUCGAACCUGGAUGUGAAGACCAGCUCUCUGGCGCUCUUGACCUUACUGACGGCACUCGUACUGCUACGGUAA